AUGCCACCCACGAAGUCAAAGAUAGUAAUCGCCUUCGACCUCUACGGGACCAUCCUCUCCACCGAGUCCAUCGCAAAGGACCUGGCCACCCACCUCAACAUCAGCAGGCCCAAGGCCCAGGCCGUCGCGGCAAAGUGGCGCCAGUACCAGCUCGAGUACACCUGGCGCAUCACCGCCAUGGGCACCUACAAGCCCUUCGACAAGAUCACCCGCGCGGCCCUCCGGCACGCGGCCGCAGAGCUCGAGGGGAUCGACGUCCCGGACGGGGCGGCCGAGCGGCUCAUGGCCGCCUACGACGCGCUGGCCGUGUUCCCGGAUGUGCCCGCGGGGCUGAGGGCGGUGCAGCAGAACCAGCGGGGCAGGGCCGGCGCGCCGGAUGUCGAGGCCGUCAUCUUCAGCAACGGCACCGAGAGGAUGCUGAGCACCUCGGUCGGGUCGUCGCCCGACCUGAAGCCGUUUGUGAGUGGCGGCGGAGGCAGUGGCGGGCUAUUUAAGAAGCUCGUCACCGUCGACGAGGUGCGGACGUACAAGCCCACCGCACAGGCCUACAGCCAUCUGCAGGCCGAGGCCGACGAGGACAACGACGCGGUGGUGUGGCUCGUCAGUGCGAACCCGUUCGACGUGGCUGGGGCCCGGAGCGUCGGGCUGAGGAGCGCGUGGAUCGACCGCGCUGGGACUGGCUGGGUUGACCGGCUGGGAGAGGCCAUUUUCGGGGUUGGGGAUGAUGUGCGUAAGCGACGGGCUAGACCGACUGUUAUCGCCAAGGGCGUGGACCAGGCAGUUCAGGAGAUAUUGAACAUUGGCAUAUGA